GCUGUGCCUCGAGGAUUAGUUUAAACAGCGGGCUAUAAAAGAUGUAACAGAUGCAAACUGUAACACAAGGGCCAUUAACCCUUUCUCUGCCGCCCAGCACGCCCAGUCCCUACACCCUGCACCUAUUGUCUCCGGUGCCACAAGCUUUGCGGAAAACCUGGAAAUUUUGGCCAGAAAUGGUGAGAAGAAAAAGCAUGAAGAAGCCGCGAAGUGUGGGGGAGAAAAAGGUGGAGGCGAAGAAACAGCUCCCGGAGCAAACUGAACAAAACCUCGCCAAGAGUGUCGGGAGGCAGGACCGUUAUUCCUGCCGAGCAGGGGAGAGAAGAGAGACCCUGAAACACGCGCCACCUAUCUUUGUGGGGAGGGAUAAUUGAAGCGCCCUGAGCGUGAGCAUCAUGUGAAAACGUGAUCGCCAAGUUUUCUCUGGGAAAGGAUCUGGGAUAGAUUAUACCUUUGAAGUCUCCGCAAACGCUUUAGUGGAAGAAAUGAAAUUCCACCUCCCUCCCUUUCUCCCUCCUCCCCUCCCUUCUCCACGCCCCCAACCCCCCAACCCCCCCCGGUCAAGUCUUUGGCAUCAUUAUCCUCAUCACUAAAUCCUGCAGAGUACUGGGCGGAAAACGGUGCACACCAUUCACAGAACUGGAGAACUCCGAGGGGCGAAAGUUAAAGGGAAAGAUCUUGGAUCUUCCAUGCAGAUCUCUUUUCUUACACAGAUAUCUCUGGUGACUAGGCUUGAGGUGCUCAUCAAGUUGUAUGGAUAUCUCAAGCACCGUUUUUUGGAACUAAAUUCUUGCCCUUCUCUUAUUAUUAUUAUUAUUAUUAUUAUUUUUAUUUUUAAAAAAAGAUGCCAGAGCUAGGGGAGGAAAAUACUACUUAUGCACUGCAUCUUAGGAUCUCUCUCUCUCUCUCUCUCUCUCUCUCUCUCUCUCUCUGUGUGUGUGUGUGUGUGUGUGUGUGUGUGCGUGUGUGGAGGGGGUUUCUGGAUUGGAUCCCUAUAUUAAAAGUACUUUGGCAUUUUAAUAAAGGGUCUCUAGAUUAACACAGAAGUUCACUAUGUUGGCUAACCUUUGGAUCUCUCUACAUGUCAUGCAGACCACACUACUAAGUCAGGGGUUGGGGACAGGAGGAAGAAGGAGAAAGGCUAGAGGAGCUUAGGACUAAAGAAAGAAGAGGGUGACAUUAAACUGUGUGGGGUCUAAGUUUUGAAGUGCAUAUUUUUUGAUAUUGCAAUUAAAGUAAAAUUAAAAAGAAAAGACUCCACCUUUGCUCUGAAGGGAUUGGUUAUGCAAAUAUGGAAGGGAUUUCCUGGAGAAUACAGCUUUCUACUGUAUGGUUAAUUAAAUAAUCACUCAAAAGCUUCCAACGUGACGCUUCUGUCGUAAUCCAAUCAGGUUACAUAGGUCCUAAACAAGAAAGAUAUUUUCCACAUCUGGAAGUCAGCAAUUUAGCAAGUAUUGCACAUUAUUAACCAAUUCAGAGCCCACUUCCCAGGGGAAUUUUUUUUUUUUUGAAGUUUAAGUGUUCUUAACCAAUGCUCUGCUGUUUUGUUAAUCAAAAAGCUGGUUUACACUGCACAUAAUUGGAGCUAAUAUAGAAGUAAAUAAAGAGAGCUAAAUUUGAGGAUGCUCUGUCUUUCUAGGGGAAGGAAGAAACUGUUUUGCCUCAACAGUUAAGGCUUAAUUUCUUAACAUACUAGGAGACCCUCCCCCAAUUAUUUGAAAUAGUGAAAGUAUUUAAGAACCUGAGAGCACAGAUAAAUGCCCAGUCCCACAGCCUGCAGACUCCCGUGUAAGGGAAAAGGUGGAAUGUUUGGAUAGGGCCAAACAGCUGCCUCCUAUCAGCUUUUCUGCUUUAAUACUGUCACAUAUGUCCUAGUCCCCUGUUUUCAGUCCGAAGAAACCUGAAACAAAUAAUACCCUGAUCCAACACUAGACUUUUACUCAUAUUAAGAUAAACUGCUUUGAACUGUGCUUUGAAUGUGUG